UGUUUUUUACUAUUGGGAAUAAAGGCCAGUACAAAGAAGAAUCAGGAUGAAAAGAUGGCCGACUUCUUGUUACCACUGGGUUCCAACAGCUUCCAUCGGUUCACGCCCGAAUCCUUGGCUGCGAUCAAGAAGCGAAUCGCGGAGAACAUCGCCCGGAAUGCCAAGCAGGAAUACAGGGAACAGGCGGCUGAUGAAGAAAAGCCUCGGCCCCAGUUUGACCUACAGGCCGGCAAGAAGCUCCCCGAUAUCUACGGGUCUCCUCCAUCGGAGCUCGUGGGGGAACCCCUGGAGGACAUUGACCCUUACUACAGCAAUCACAAGACAUUUAUAGUACUGAACAAAGGGAAGACAAUCUUUCGAUUUAGUGCCACUCCUGCCUUGCAUAUACUUAGUCCUUUCCACCGAGUUAGAAGAGCAGCAAUUAAAAUUUUGGUACAUUCAUUAUUCAGUAUGUUUAUUAUGUGCACUAUUUUGACCAAUUGCGUGUUCAUGGCACAACGAGAGAUCCCCCAGUGGGCUAAAUACGUUGAGUACACUUUCACAGGCAUUUACACUUUUGAAUCAUUGGUAAAAAUAUUGGCGAGAGGGUUUUGUAUGACAGAAUUCACCUUUCUUCGCGAUCCAUGGAACUGGCUGGACUUUAGCGUCAUUGUCAUGGCAUACAUAACUGAAUUUGUGGACCUGGGCAAUGUGUCAGCCUUACGAACGUUCAGAGUUCUCCGGGCGCUGAAAACAAUCUCAGUCAUUUCAGGUCUGAAGACCAUUGUGGGAGCCCUCAUUCAGUCCGUUAAGAAACUCGCGGACGUGAUGAUCUUGACAGUUUUCUGCUUGAGUGUUUUUGCCCUCAUCGGCCUUCAGCUUUUCAUGGGAAACUUGAGAAACAAAUGCAUCAGGAACUACAUCGAGUUUAACACCACCAACGGCACCUUUGCUUCAGACCACAAGACCUGGCAAACCCUGGAUGACUUUCUCAAUGAUAAAGAUAACUACUACAUAAAAGAGGGCACUACAGACGUGUUAUUGUGUGGCAACAGCUCAGAUGCCGGGACGUGUCCGAAAGGGUACGCUUGUUACAAGGCCGGUGAAAAUCCUGACUAUGGCUUCACAAGCUUCGAUACUUUUGGCUGGGCCUUUCUCUCCUUGUUCCGCCUCAUGACGCAGGAUUGCUGGGAGCGCCUCUAUCAACAGACUCUUAGAUCUGCUGGCAAGAUCUACAUGCUUUUUUUUAUGCUGGUUAUCUUCCUGGGAUCUUUUUAUCUAGUCAACUUGAUCUUGGCCGUGGUGGCCAUGGCGUAUGAAGAGCAGAACCAAGCCACCAUCGCUGAAACGGAAGCCAAAGAAAGGAAGUUCCGGGAAGCCAUGGAAGCACUGAAGAAAGAGCAGGAGGCAUUAGCUCGGGGAAUUGAUUCAAUGUCGCUUAGCUCCUUCGAAAUGUCACCGUUGGCAUCAAAAAAUUCCAAAGAGCGGAGAAGCCGAAGAAGAAAAAAGAAAUCCUCAGGGGGAGAAGAUUACGGCGAGGACCCCAAAGGUCUGAAAUCUGAAUCGGAGGACGGCCAGCGGAGGACGACUGUCCUGGGUUUCACCUCUGGCUCUCUGGAGAAUUCAGUGAAGCGAAAGGCCAGCCACGGGAGCGUCUUCAGCUUUCGGUUGCGGGGCAGGGACAUUGGCUCAGAGGCGGACUUUGCCGAUGACGACAUCAGCACCGCUGGGGAGAGCGAGAGCCAGCGUGGAUCCCUGCUUGUCCCCAGGAACGGGAGGCGCCUGAGCGUGCAGAGUCAAAUGAGUCACAGCUCGCCGAACUGCACGCUCAAUGGCAAGAGGAACUCUUCGGUGGACUGCAACGGUGUGGUGUCCCUCAUUGGAGGAGGAGGAAGCCCAGACCCAACUUCUCCAACGGACAACCUGUUGCCCCCGGUUAUUAUGGAGAAAUCGGGAACCGGAGAUUCGACUACUCCAUCGGAAGAAGUGAGCAAGAAGAACCUUUUGUCUCCCCAACGCCUUUCAGUGGAUCAGUCAGAGGGGCAUUUUCAAAGGCAGCGAGCGGUGAGCGCCGUCAGCAUCAUUACUAGUGCCAUGGAAGAGCUUGAAGAAUCUCAACAGAAGUGCCCCCCCUGCUGGAAUCGCUUUGCUGUGAAGUUUCUCAUAUGGGACUGUUGCCCUCUUUGGCUGCUGGUCAAGCAAAAAGUCAAGUUUGUCAUCAUGGAUCCCUUCAGCGACCUCACGAUCACCCUUUGCAUCGUGCUCAACACUCUCUUCAUGGCCAUGGAUCACUACAAGAUGACGAAGGAUUUUGAGGAAGUCCUCAACAUCGGGAACCUGGUCUUCACCGGAAUCUUUACUGCUGAAAUGAUCUUCAAAGUCAUCGCCCUGGAUCCCUAUUACUAUUUUCAGCAAGGAUGGAAUAUCUUUGACAGUAUAAUUGUCACACUCAGCUUGAUGGAACUAAGUCUCUCCAGCAUGGGAAACGUCUCCGUGUUGCGCUCCUUCAGACUGCUGAGAGUCUUCAAGCUAGCCAAGUCCUGGCCGACAUUGAACACCCUCAUCAAAAUCAUUGGCAACUCCGUCGGCGCCCUGGGGAACCUCACGCUCGUCUUGGCCAUCAUCGUCUUCAUCUUUGCUGUGGUGGGGAUGCAGCUCUUCGGAGACCUGUAUUUUUUGAACCGCCACAAGAUCAGCACCACGGAACGGAUGCCCCGUUGGCACAUGAACGACUUCUUCCAUUCCUUCCUCAUUAUCUUCCGCAUUCUGUGUGGGGAAUGGAUCGAGACCAUGUGGGACUGCAUGAAAGUGGCUCAGCAACCCCUCUGCUUCCUGGUCUUCUUGCUGGUCAUGGUGAUCGGGAACCUGGUGGUGCUGAACCUGUUCCUUGCCUUGCUGUUGAGCUCGUUCAGUGCCGAUAACCUUUCUGCGCCGGACGAGGAUGGGGAGAUGAACAACCUCCAGCUGGCCUUUGCCCGCAUCAACCGAGGGCUCCAGUAUGCCAAAAGGGCCAUGUGGGACUUCUGCUGCAGCGUCCUUAAGCAGCCCAAGGCGACAGCUGAAAAAAAAGCCAUGAUGAAACUUGUCGCUCAGAACCCAGCUGUCAUUCACAACUGCGUCAGCAACCACACUGCCACGGAGUCUGGCAAGGAAGGAGACACCCACAAGGAUAACCCCAGCAACGACAGCACUGAAAGGAAGGAGGAGAACCAGCAAAGGGCUCAAGACCACAACGAUGACUUUAUGACCAACCCAGACUUGUCCAUCUGUGUCCCCAUCGCAGUCGGGGAAUCCGACAUCGAAGAUGAUGAGCAGAGCACGUUCACGGAAACAGACCAGGACAAGCUGCCUCCAACGAAGGGGCAACUCUACAAAAGCCCAGCCGUUCGGAGUCAGGCUUCUGAGAUCUGCGAGGAGUUAAGUGAGCUCAACACGGACAAGCCAUCGAAGGACGACCCUCUGGACUCACCCACUGGGCAAAAGGAGAAGUUUGAAGAGACCAGCCUUUCGGAAGGAAGUACGGUGGAUUUGGCAAUCCCGCCAGAUCUUCUGGAACAGAUGCCGGAACUGGCAGAAGAGAUGAUGGAGCCUGAAGACUGCUUCCCGGAACCAUGUGUCCGAUUCCUCCCCUGCUGUUCUGUGGACACCACGAAACUUCCUGGGAAGAUUUGGUGGAGGAUCCGAAAAACCUGCUAUCAAAUUGUUGAACACAGCUGGUUCGAAACGUUCAUCAUAUUUAUGAUCCUCCUUAGCAGUGGAGCACUGGCGUUUGAAGACAUCUACCUUGAAGAGAGGAAGAACAUUAAAACCAUGUUGGAAUAUGCUGACCGUAUCUUCACUUACAUUUUUGUCCUGGAGAUGCUCCUCAAAUGGGUAGCUUACGGGUUUAAGAAAUACUUCACCAACGCCUGGUGCUGGCUUGAUUUUCUCAUUGUCGACGUGUCAUUAGUAAGCCUCAUAGCUAAUACACUUGGAUACUCGGAAAUGGGUCCCAUUAAAUCCCUUAGGACCCUCAGAGCUCUGAGACCCUUAAGAGCACUGUCACGAUUUGAAGGGAUGAGGGUGGUGGUCAAUGCCUUGGUAGGUGCCAUCCCUUCUAUCAUGAACGUUCUGCUUGUCUGCCUCAUUUUUUGGCUCAUCUUCAGCAUCAUGGGAGUCAACCUGUUUGCUGGGAAGUUUGGGAAAUGCAUUAACAACACAGAGAGUGACCUGCCUUUGGACUACGCCAUUGUCAACAACAUGAGCGAGUGUCAAAGCCUGAACGAGACGGGAGAGUUGUAUUGGACAAAAGUGAAGGUCAACUUUGAUAACGUUGGGGCAGGGUACCUGGCUCUUCUGCAGGUGGCAACAUUCAAAGGUUGGAUGGAAAUUAUGUAUGCUGCAGUGGAUUCACGAGAGCGCGAGGAGCAGCCUAAAUGGGAAUAUAACGUGUACAUGUACCUCUAUUUUGUGAUCUUCAUCAUCUUUGGUUCCUUUUUCACCCUGAACCUCUUCAUUGGUGUCAUCAUUGAUAAUUUUAAUCAGCAAAAGAAAAAGAUAAGCGGGCAAGACAUCUUUAUGACGGAGGAACAGAAGAAAUACUACAACGCCAUGAAAAAACUGGGAUCCAAGAAACCCCAAAAGCCCAUCCCCCGACCGCUGAACAAGUGCCAGGGUUUCAUUUUUGACGUGGUCACAAAGCAAGCCUUCGACAUUUGCAUCAUGCUCCUCAUCUGCCUCAACAUGGUCACCAUGAUGGUGGAAACGGAUGACCAAAGUCAGGAUAAAAUCAACAUCCUGUACAUCAUCAACAUGAUCUUUGUGGCCGUCUUCACUGCGGAGUGUAUCUUGAAAAUGGUGGCCCUGAGGCACUACUAUUUCACCAAUGGCUGGAAUAUAUUUGAUUUCGUUGUUGUGAUUCUAUCCAUUGUGGGUUCUGUGCUUUCUGACAUCAUUCAGAAAUACUUCUUCUCCCCUACCCUCUUCAGAGUCAUCCGCUUGGCUCGAAUAGGUCGGAUUCUGAGACUGAUCAGAGGGGCCAAAGGAAUCCGAACCCUCCUUUUUGCCUUAAUGAUGUCCCUCCCUGCGUUGUUCAAUAUCGGCCUCAUGCUUUUCUUGGUCAUGUUCAUUUACGCCAUAUUCGGGAUGGCCAACUUUGCCUACGUCAAGAAAGAGCACGGGAUCGAUGACAUGUUCAACUUCCAGACAUUUGCCAACAGCAUGCUUUGCCUCUUCCAGAUCACAACAUCGGCCGGCUGGGAUGGCCUCCUCAACCCCAUCUUGAACACUGGGCCACCCUAUUGCGAUCCUCACGGUAACCAUACAAAUAGCUCAAAGGGAGACUGUGGCAGCCCCGCUGUGGGGAUCCUAUUCUUUGUUACUUACAUCAUUAUAUCUUUUCUCAUUGUUGUAAACAUGUACAUAGCCAUAAUUUUGGAGAACUUCAGUGUGGCCACUGAAGAGAGCACAGAACCUCUAAGUGAGGAUGACUUUGAUAUGUUUUAUGAAAUCUGGGAAAGAUUUGAUCCUGAAGCCACUCAGUUUAUUGAGUAUGAUGCACUUUCCAAUUUUGCCGAUGCCCUCUCAGAACCGUUGCGCAUCGCGAAACCAAACAAAAUCAAGCUCAUUGCAAUGGACCUGCCCAUGGUGAGUGGCGACAGGAUCCACUGUUUGGACAUUUUGUUUGCAUUUACCAAAAGAGUCCUGGGAGAAUCCGGGGAGAUGGAUGCCCUUAAAAUCCAGAUGGAGGAGAAAUUCAUGGCCGCCAACCCAUCCAAGAUUUCUUACGAGCCAAUCACAACCACGUUGCGGCGGAAACAGGAAGAGGUUUCCGCCGUCGUCAUCCAGAGGGCUUAUAGGAACCACCUCUUCCGACGCUCAGUCAAGCAGGCCUCUUUCUUAUACCGCCAAAAAGCUUGCAACUUGGAGGAGGACGCGCCAGAGAAGGAAGGCCUCAUAGCCCUCCUGAUGAGCGAAAACUACGGCAGGCCUAUCAACAAGUCCGAGACUCUUUCCUCCACGUCGUUCCCGCCCUCCUACGACAGCGUCACGAGAGGCACCAGUGACAACUUCCAACUAAGGCUGACGGACUCCAGCAAAAGCGAUGAACAUCUAGACGAUCAGUUGUCACCCGAGCAGGACAAAGAGUCGGUGGUUUAAAGGAUGAUUGCUAACACUCUACGUGAUAUAAAGUAGGAGCUCGAGGCGGUUUCCAAAAGGCAGGAGAAGUGGCUGCUGGCCGAGAACGUGCGUUGCCCUGCAAGCUAGAAAGUCAGCGACAUUCUUAACCUUGUACUAUGGCCAAGACGCCCACUUGGAACCCCCAGGAAAACAGAAGGAAAGAAGUGACAUCAGAGGAAGCGAGACUCUCUUUUUUGUUUGUUUGUUCUCUCCUGCAGGAUAUUAGACACUAAUGGAUUCUGCUUGUAAACCUGCCAAUAAAAGCACUAUUUUUUUA